UUACAGAGAAAGCCAUUUACGUCAAUUCGAGUCACAACAUGAGGCAACAUUACUGACAGUUAACAAUAUACCUAUGGUACCUAUUGUUUUGUUGAUUUUGUACGUGAAUCUAAGUAAAUUUUCAAGGUAAUGGAUUUGUGAAUAGUCAUUCUCCAUCAGGUUCUAAGGCACAGAAGAAAUGAGGAAUUUAAAGAUUACUGAACACAGAAAAAAUAAAGUUGCCAUUUCAUCACAUGGCCAUAUUUGCAAAGACAUUACAGGAAAUGUAUACUUUGUAAAUAGCAAAGGAAUAGAAAAAUUAGAGACGGGUAGUGAUGACAACUGUGAAUCAUUGACUACUCUCUCCUGGGCUGAUCAUGACAUUGCAACAAAAGAAGUUAUUGGUGCAGAUAUUGUUACUGCAAGUAAUAGCAUCUGUGCAAUAACAAAAGAGGGUGAUGUCAUCACUGUCACAGUUGAAACAUGUGAGGUUGAAUUAUGUGGUUCAGUUUCUGCUGGCAUUGAAGCAUCAUGCUGGAGUCCUGAUCAAGAGUUACUAGUCUUGAUUACUGGAGAUAGAAAUGUUGUCAUUAUGACAGCAGAAUUUGAACCCCUAAAUGAAUUCCCUCUAAAUAAAGAUGAUUUUGGAGAAAAUAUGUUUGUUAAUGUUGGUUGGGGUAAAAAAGAAACUCAGUUCCAUGGCAAGGAAGGAAAACAAGCUGCUCAAGUCUCUAAAAAGGAAGUCAAGCCUGUUACAGAGUGGGAUGACUUGAAACCUCGAAUUAGUUGGCGUGGUGAUGGGCAACUUUUUGCUUACAGUUAUGUCGCACAAGGAACACAAAGCAGAUUUCUUCGUACUGUUAAUCGCGAAGGCAUUUUACAAUACACAAGUGAAACUGUUGAUGGGCUUGAACAUGCCUUGUCUUGGAAGCCAUCUGGAAGCCUGAUUGCAUCUUCACAAAGAUUACCAAACAAGCAUAGUAUUGUAUUGUUUGAGAAGAAUGGCCUUAAACAUGAAGAAUUUGCUUUGCCAUUUAAACCUACAGAAAUGGUUGUUAAAGAAGUCAUGUGGAACCAAGACUCUUCAGCAUUAUUAAUUUGGUUACAGAAAUGUGGUUCAGUGGAGGGUGAUCAGAACUCUGUUAAUACCUUACAACUUUGGACUACUGGAAACUACCAUUGGUAUUUGAAACAAGAACUUCAGUUCACAGAGGGAGUGAUCUCUGUUCUGUGGGAUACUGAGGUCCCUUUACUUUUGCAUCUUCUUACACCUUCACACUUACAUCAUUACCGUUGGACUGUAACUACAGAUAUCUCUCGAGGUCUAGGACUCUCAGAUCUUGCUCAGGUAGCAGUCAUAGAUGGGUCUAUAUUGAAAAUAACACCUUUCAGGCAGUGUGUUAUACCUCCUCCUAUGUCAUCUUAUGAAGCAAGGUUUGAGGAACAAAUACACACAAUCUUGUAUGCCCCUCCCAUUGCCAGAAAAUAUGAUGUGUCCCCAGACAACUCUGUGAAUGUAGAAGACUCAGGAUUUCUGGAAGCCAUUGAUCCUCCAGGUUGCAGCAGCAACAAUAUAUGUGUAGUACAUGGUUAUAACAUGCUAACAUUCCUUGUCCAGGCACAUUCGAACGACAACUUGGAUGACUUUGGUUGCAAUGUGAAGAUAACUGGGUCUGGUGGGAAUGGAUUUAAUGUUCGUAUGAAAGUACAUAAAGUGAUUGCACAACAUCAAAUUGAAUGGGAAGCAGAUAGCAUGGUAGAAUCUCCAAAAUCUUGUCAAUUUUAUAAUUGGGUUUGGGCAGAAACUAAGACUUUAUUAGCUUGCUACAUGGAGGAAGGAAAGUGUUUUUUGGCUGUGAUUGAGUUACAUGCUUUAGGAUCAGAAGCUGCAAAAGUAGUAGUUAAAAAUGUGAUACCUGUUGAAGAGUCAGUUGUUAGCAUAGCCCCUGCUCCUGAUGGUACUGUCGCAUGCCUCCAACUUUCUUCUGGAGCUCUAUUGGAAUUAAAUCUCGGGUCAAAGGUCAUUGAACCAUUAUGCAUAAAUGGUAAAGAGGCUGCAUUUCCAACAGUUUGUCAGCAAAUGUCAUUAUGUCCAAUAAAAGGUGAAGGACUGGUACCUUUAGGCAUAACAAGUAGAAAUCGCUUAUAUAUAGCCAAUGAACAAGUACUUGCAAACUGUACUUCAUACCAUAUUCACACUGAUCAUUUGUUGGUAACAACAACAAGUCAUGCGCUACAGGUUAUUCCUUUGGAGCACACUGCUGUGAGAAAGCUGUGUGAAGGACAGAUAGAAGAUAGUUCAGUAUCAGGAAUCCGCAAAGUUGAAAGAGGUUCACGUUUAGUAACUGCCAUUCCUCUGGAUACCAGAAUUAUCCUUCAGAUGCCUCGUGGAAAUUUAGAAAUGAUUAGUCCUCGGCCCUUGUCAAUUCAUAUACUGAAAUCUUUAUUGAAUGAACACAAAUAUCAUAAAGCUAUUGAUAUGAUGCGUAAACAGAGAAUAGAUUUAAAUCUGUUAUAUGAUCACAAUUCUCAAGAUUUCAUGAAUCACACAUCAUUGUUUGUGCAGAAUGUUGAUAAUCCACAUUGGUUAGAUUUGUUUUUGGCUAAUUUAAGUGAAUUUAAUGUUUCCAAGACAAUGUAUAGCUUUAACUACAGUAAUUCAAAUACAGAAGUAAAGGAAAGCUCUGAAAAUAAAAUUAACAUUGUAUGUGAAGCAGUUCGAAAAGCCAUGACUGAAAUUGAUGGAGAGAGAUAUCUCUUGCCUAUUUUGACUUCCUAUGUUAAGAUGAAUCCUUGUCAGAUGGAUGUUGCCUUGAGGAAAAUUAAGGAAAUGAAGGAUUCUACAAACAGAACAUUCAAAGUUUCUGCAGAAGAAGGUAUAAGGCAUCUUUUGUAUAUUUCAGAUGUUAAUGAGCUAUUUGAUGUUGCUCUUGGGACAUAUGAUUUUGAUUUGGUUAUGAUAGUUGCAGAAAAAUCCCAAAAGGACCCAAAGGAGUAUCUUCCAUUCCUUAAUGAGCUGAAACAGUUGGAUGAGGAUUACAUGAAAUUCAAGAUUAAUGUUCACCUACAUAGAUUUCAAAAGGCUCUCCAUUGUUUGAAAGACAGCUCCGACCAUCAUGAUGAAUGCCUCAAGCUUAUUGUAUCUGAGAAAUUGUAUAAGGAAGCUUUGCAGAUAUUCCCUCCAUCUUCAGCUAUGAAUAAAGCUGUGUGCGAAGAAUAUGGAAAUUACUUGAUGAGUAGAAAGUACUACAAUGAAGCAGCUAUUAUGUAUUCAAGGUCUGGUACUUUUGAAGAAGCCUUCGAUGCCUACCAGCAGGCUGGGAAUUGGAAAAUGGGUCUAGUGAUGUGCUCAAAGCUAAAAUUAGACAGAGAGGCUUUGAAUAAUUUCCUUACCAACCAAGUACAAUUACUGAAAGAGAGGAGAGAAUUUUUAGAUGCUGCUGUUCUUUAUGAAGAAUACCUGAAAAAUGAAGAGGAAGCAGUCGACUGUUUGGUAAAGGCUUGCCAAUGGGAAGACGCUAUAAGAUUGUCAUAUAAACACAAUAGAGAGGAUUUAAUUGAUACAAAUAUUCUACCUGGAAUCUUAGACCAUUAUGAGUUUAGUAUUGGUGAAAUUGACAGGUAUUAUAAUAACUUUUCUGAUUUCAUUCACAGACUUAUUGAAGUACGGAAAAUGAAGGAGAAGCAACAUCUAGAAUUUCUUGAAGGAAAAGAUGAUGGUCAGUUAGAUUCAGAUUUGUAUUCUGAUACAAGCACAGUUACAGGAUUUUCUUAUUCAAGAAGUCACACUAGCAGUUCAAGAGGUGGGUCUUCAGUGUCCGGUAGAACAUACCGCUCCACCAAGAAUAAAAGGAAAUUGGAGAGAAAGAAACAUAGUACUAAGGAGGGAAGUGCAUUUGAAGAUUUAGGCUUGGUCACAGCACUCCAUGAAAUAGUAAGUCAGACUGAUAAAAUGACUGCACAAAUUACAUCGUUGUCAACCAUAUUAGCUACAUUUAAUAUGGAUGAUAAGGCUUCUCAUUUACAGUCAAGUUUUGUCAAGCUGCUUAGCCUACAAACAAAGCAUGAAAAAGAAAUAUGGCCAGCACAUGUAGUAUCAGAAGAAAAUGAUGUAGAAUUUGGCCCACAGUUGACCACAGAGGGUGCCGUAAAUCUUUUAAAGGGUAAUGGAGGUGAUUGUUAUACUUCAGUAGUAGGUCAGAGGAUGAGAAACUUGGACCCACAUCUUCAGCAUGCACCUGUUCCCAGUAGGUCUCAAAAUUGGGAGCUGCACAUGUUUAUGAAAAAUAAGAGUACCCAAUAAUAUUUUGUACAAUGUUUAGAAGUGCAGUUUCUUUUUGCAAGCACUGCAAAUGGUUCACCAAUUCAUGCUGUAUAUUUUUUGCACUGAAGGUUAAUAAAGAUAGUAACAGUUA